CCCCGAAGGAAGAACACGACGAAAAGGGACGAGCCGAGAGGCGAAACUUGCGAAGACGACGAAAACCCAUCGGCUCAGCUCGUGAGAAUUCUCUUCCGCAUCCAUGGCAGACAAGGACCGACCCCUCCCGAAGUUCGGGGAAUGGGAUGUGAAUGACCCUGCAUCAGCCGAGGGAUUCACCGUUAUAUUCAACAAAGCUAGAAAUGAGAAAAAGGCAGGUGGCAACAAAUCUGACUCCCCCGUGAAGGAUGAUCCUCGUUAUAAACAUGGCCACGGGGAAGUUCUCGGGAAGCCUCAACCCAAAAAAUGGUUUUGCUGUAUAUGUGCGGAAUAACCAGGGGGAAGUUCUUUGCCUUGGGAAGGCCUUCUUCUUUCGUCCAUCUAUAGAACCAAACCCUAAUACCAUUACUGCACCUGGAAGACUUGGAGCUUGUCUCAGAAGCCAUGACACGUACUUCUGGCGUCUUGUUUUAGAUCCUGUUCGAGUGGUGUUGCCGCUCGGGUUUCGGGUUGAUGUAUUUAGAGGAAAAAACGACGUUUCUUUUUCCGGAUGUUUUCGGGUUAUGGGUUCGAGAGAACCUGAAUGUUGGUUUGUGUUGAAUCUAAACCAUGGAUUGUUUUUCUAAGUGGUUUCCAUAAGUUUCUCCUGUUUGUAAACUCUCCAAGCCUUUUCUGUUUAUUGUUCACUCUGUCAGGGAAAUA